GAAAAGAAAAAAAGGCAAGUGAAGCCAUUUUUUCUUUGUUCUUUUUUAUUGCUUUUUCCUUUUUCUGCCGAGAAUAACGAUCUUGUCAAAGUUAAAAAAAAGAACAAAGAAAGAAAAGAGAGAGGAGAAAAAAAAAUAGACGAUGACGCCUUGGAUUAUUUUUGUGUGUCUCUUUCCUUUGGUUCAUCUAGUUUUCUCUUGGCCCAAUAUGCCGCCGACCAAGGAAACGGAGCCCAAGCUUUUGUAUGAACCCAGCGCUCCCGAUUACCGGUCUUCAGCCCAGCCUCAAUCCUUGUUUGAUAAACUAGCGCCCGACACUUCCUUGUCGACCUUUAUGGAUGUCCUCACCCAAGUCGACUCCAUCUUUGCCCUCUUCAACAAUUCCCAAAUUGAUCAACCGUUCACCGUGUUUGCUCCCACCAAUGCCGCAUUCCGUCGUGGCAUGGACGCUGAAGCCAAGCAUGACUUGGAACGAUUCUUGCGCAGCCACAUUGUGCCGUCGGGAGUACUUGAUCCGGAAGCAUUGCGCAAAGCCGAUGAGUUAAACACAAUGUUGAAGGAUGAAACCAUUGCCGUCAAGCAUCACUUUCUAUCCCGAAAGACCGUCCUUAACGGGGAAGCCGUCGUUGACACCGACCAGCCUAUCCGAGCAGCCAAUGGUAUUGCUUAUCGGAUCGAUCAUGUCCUACGCCAUGCCUAAAUAGGCUACAAAAUCAUAUCACCUCUUCCAAAUCAACUUUUUUUUUUGUAAAAAUCACCAGUCGAAAUGACCUAUUUCAUUAUUAUUUUCUCUCAAGUCAUCAUUCCAACAGAAAUACACAGCAAUAAUUUCAAUGAUAUCAUAGUGUCGAGAAAGUUGCUGCGGAAAAAAAAAUGUAGCAGAUGGUGUUAUAAAUCAGUGAAUAUGGAUGAAAAGUCUGAUUAUUUAUUCAACGC